UGGGAUAAAAAAAAAGUUUUUCACUUUGUAAUCUUUCCUAUUAAUCCCACCCACCCCGGCAUCACCAAGAACGAGUCAUUUUAUUACUUGUUUCGAGUAUCGACAGGCUUAUUAAUUUAUUUGCUCAAAACACACAGCUCGUCGCACAGAGACUCUUUGAUAUUCCGAUUGUUCUGACCUUUGAACUAAUCCAUUUCGUGCUGCGUGUGUUUCUUUCCAUCCCCAUCUUCGUUACCAAACAACGUAAUUUGCACAGAUACCACCACGAUGAUGAAGACAUAUAUGAUGCUUUUGUCCGCUGCUCUGCCAGCCCUUGUCUCUGGUGCUGCCUUGCCAGCACCAGAAGCGCAGAUUACCGCUGCUCCUCUGGUCAAACGUGGCCAACAGAUCCUGUACGAGUCCGUCUGGACGUCCACCUCUGAGAGAAUCUUGAUGAGGGUGACACCUACUGUGAUUGACGGUGUGACCAUCUCUGCAUCUCCAGUUGACACCCCUACGGUCUGGGCCUCUCUUGACGGCUCAGGUAUCCCGUACAACAUCAAGCCAACGUCCACGGACGGCAGCUGGAUCUCGACCUCUCCAACACCAACAGCAUCCAACUAUCCAACACCAUCUUAUGAACCACCUGUGCUCAGAUGCUUUGGUGAUAGAGUGCCUGCAAGCAGCGUCCAGGGCCAUCCAUUCUGCAGUGCUUUGAACGGUACCGAGAUGGUUGUCGGUGAGACGUACUGGUUGACAUGGGACCCAAGCUACUGGGGAGGUGACGACGUUACGAAAGUCACCAUCGAAUUGCAACAAUACCCUCAAGGUGCCUCCGAGAGCGAUAACGUGUUGCUUACAACGUCUUAUAUCAGCAACGCUGAUGGCUACUAUCCGUUGGAGAUCCAAAGUGACUUUGUCAGAUCUGAUGGAAACGGUUACAUGUGGGUUAUCAUUACUCCAUUGGUCGUUGCUGGUACCGAUGCUACAAAUGUCGGUACCGUUACUGGUCCUCUGAUCAGAGCAAUCUCAUCAGUCGAUGAUGCCACUACCAAAAUCACAAGACUCCCUUCAGAUAACGGCUCUGGAUCUUCUUCCUCCUCCUCCUCCUCCUCGUCUUCCUCGUCUUCUUCUUCCAAGGCUGGUGUCGUUGCCCCAGCUGUCAUUGUGCCAGUCAUUGCAGUCAUUGCCAUUGCAGGAUUCGUCUACUGGUACCUGAACAAGCAGAAGAAGAACGCAUCUGUCGUCACUGAGGGCAGUGGACCUGGUGAGAUCUCAAGUUCUGGCCAAGGUGAUAUCCACUUGUCCAAGACCACCACUAACAACUCGGUCAUCACUGCUGAGACCGGUGCAAACCCAUUCCAAGAGACCUCCAGAACUGUGCUAUGAUUUACUUUCCCAACGUUUCUUCUUUUUGUUUGCUUCGACUGUCCACUUGCUAAAGUGGCGUGGACUCAACCCCUUUUUGACCUUCUUAUACGACCUGUCACUGGAUAAUUUCCACUGUUGCUGUUUCCUUUUUGAAUAUAUCUGAGUUUAUAAUCGCACAAUCGUUACACACGCUGUAACACAUCUUAUGAACGUUCAUUUGCUUAUCAAUGC